GCUGUUUUCCCUCCUCAUAUCUUAAUGUGAGCUUUCUUACACUUAAGCUUCUCCAUCACAUGGAAGUGAAUUUGCAUUGGAUUUUGCAUUGGUGCCAAACCUUGUAAAAACAGUUUUUGGAUGCUGUGCAAAUAUCCAAAAUGAACGCACGCAUAGCUCACACAGUGGACAUUGAUGUUUUGUGGAGUCCAACCUGUCAUGAUGAACUGCUGCGCCUUUUUACUUCUCCUGGGUUCCCUCUUUGUCCUUGGCCAUUGUGUUUUUCCUCCUGGUUCUUGUGAUGGAUACAAAAACAUUACUGACACAUGGCGCAACUUCUUAUUUACAUCAUCCUCCUUUCCUGGAUUCUCAAAGAAUGAUGCACAUCUUACUGGGAAUUGGUGGCGCUUCACGGGGCUUGGUGGAGACAGAGUCAUUACACAGUGCAUUGGAGGCCCAGUUGCUGGUGCCUACUACUCCAUUCGUGUUUCAUUUUCAUAUCCAACGACUGAAUCUGAAACUCCAACAACAGGGACUGCCUUUGGUGAUGUCGGAGGGUGCUCUAAUUAUCAUAUUUCAAUGAGUGUGGCCCUCUGUCCUGGAGGAUUCUACAUAUACAAACCAGCAAAUUACCCACGCAGCGAUAUGGUUUACGCAACCUAUCAUUAUGUGUGUAACUCAGACUCGUGUGGCCCACUUGCUGAGUGCUCAAGUAAUGGAGGCUGCACCUGUGUCUCUGGGUAUGAAAUCCCCCCAGAUCAUCUUCCCACCCCAGAUUCAUAUGGUUGCGUUGACAUUGAUGAGUGCCACAGGACUGCUGGAAUUUGUGGACCUGACUCCAAAUGUAACAACACCAUAGGGGCAUACUUCUGCAUCUGUCUGGAUGGAUUCAAUGCAACAGAUCCAGCAUUACCACCUGGAGGCUCCAACCAAUGCACAGAUAUCAAUGAGUGUAUUGACAACAUCUGUGGGAAUGAUGGGAGCUGUCACAACAACCCAGGGAGUUUUGUGUGUGAAUGCAAUGACGGGUACCAAAUUAUACUUGAAGAAACCCCUCAUUGCCAAGAUAUUGAUGAGUGUUUCAACUCCACCAUCUGUGGCCCUGACUCUAUUUGCACCAACACACCUGGCGCUUACACCUGUGAAUGUCAAGUGGGGUUUGCACCAACUCAACCAGACAAGGAUCCAAGCGAAGAAAACACCUGUAUUGAUGUUGAUGAGUGUGAAAAAGAUGCUACUGUUUGUGGUCCUAAUGCCAACUGCACCAACUCAAUUGGAUCUUACGUCUGCACAUGCUUCCCUGGUUAUCGGCUGAACAACCCAGACAUGAUAGCAAGCAAUGCUAACCCAUGCACAGAUAUCGAUGAGUGCAUCGAGACACCUGGUAUAUGUGGUAAAAAAACUCUGUGCACUAACGCACCGGGGACCUUCUAUUGUUCUUGUCCUGAUGGAUUUUACCCCUCAACUGGAAUUUUGUGGGAAAUGGGAGUGUCAUUUUGUCAAAGUCUUCAGGACAUUUUAGAUGAGAUAAAACCCCCAGAGGGACAGACAAAAGAAAGAGCUUUUCUUGGUAACAUGGACCAACAACUGAAAGACAAUGACAAUGACAACGUACCAAUACCGACUGCGAAAAUGGGCUUUUCAGCAGCUAUGGAAGUGUCGGGUGUUGGACCGCGUGUCAAGUCCAGCAAAGUGGGUAGCGAAGGAGACGGGGAGACCGGCAGUGUAAUCUUGGGCAUCUCAGACCGUCUAGUGUCUGCAAUUGUGCAGCCAAGUCAGAACCAAACCAAGACAACUGUGAAGAGUCCGACAGUAGAUUUAAGUUUUGAAACUGUCGGGCCUGGAAGCGACGAUGCAGAGAACUCUCCUCUCUCAGCCAACGGAAACACUAUGGAGAUUAACCUACGCAGUUUGGCCCAAAAUAACAAUGGUUCUGCUGCGGCAGCCUUCAUGAUAUUGAAUGGGAUGGACAGUCUGCUCAGUCAUCAAUACUUUGAAACAGAAAACCAGACAGAGACAUUAUCAGAUGUCAUCACUGCAAUCUUACCCUUCAUGAACCACACCAACCUCACUGAACCAGUCAACUUUACUAUCAACCAUAAGAAGUCAGUACCUGAAUCUGGUUUGGUGACCUGUGUGUACUGGGAAGACAAAACAGAGGAGGCAGGAACAGGAGAAGGAAGUGAAACACCAGGAGAAAAGAAGAGGAUCAUGCGUUGGUCAGUGGAGGGCUGCUGGGUUGCACACACCAAUGAAAACUACACAGUGUGCAGCUGCUCCCAUCUCUCCACGUUUGCCCUCAUCAUGCAGAUUGGGGAGCCUCCACCAGAGGAUCCUUUCCUAGAGUGGCUAAACCGAAUGUGUGUGAUUAUCGGACUAUUCUUCUUUGCCUUGGCCAUCUUCACCUUCCUCCUGUGUAGCUGGAACCCCAAGAUCAAUAACACAGCCCGUCUUCACCUCUGCCUCAGCCUCUUCUUCUCCCAUCUGCUGCUGCUGUGGAACGACAAAUAUGUUGAACAAGAGCUGGCCUGUACUGUCAUGGCGGGGCUUCUUCACUUCUUAGUUAUAGCAGGCUUUGUGUGGAUGUUGCUGGAGGCGCUACAGCUCCACCUGUUGGUCCGGAGGCUCUCUAAGGUUCAGGUCAUCCAGAGAGAUGGCCUCCCCAGGCCUCUUCUCUACCUGAUUGGUUACGGUGCUCCAUUUGUGAUUGUGGGUAUUUCUGCCCUGGUAUAUUCUGAUGGAUAUGGUGCUACUGAGGCAGAGGUGUGCUGGCUUUCUAGGAAGCGCAAUUUCAAUUGGGCUUUAACAGGCCCUGUGAUUGUUAUCCUUGGUCUGAAUUGGCUAUUGUUCUGUGCUACUCUCUGGAGUCUGAGACCCACGCUCGCCAACAUGAAAAGUGAUGUCUCUCAAUCUAAAGACACCAGGUUGAUUUUGUUCAAGAUUGUGGCCCAGUUUGUCAUACUGGGCUGUACCUGGAUUCUGGGUCUGUACCAGACAAAUCUUUUCUUCCAGGUCCUCUUUAUACUUCUUAACUCCCAGCAGGGCACCUUCCUCUUCAUCGUCCACUGUCUGCUCAACAAGGAGGUUAGAGACGAGUAUGUGAAAUGGCUGACUUGUGCUUUUAAUAAGCACAAAGAAGAAGGAUCUGUGAAAGAUGCACCAUCAGUCUCUGAAGACUUGGACAAAGCUGAAGAGAAGACAGGUUUACUUGUCAUCCGUGUCAUAUGUGAUUUUCCUUCUGGUUCUUGUGAUGGAUACACCAACAUAACUGAACCAUGGCGCAACAAAGACUUUAAAUCGACUUCUUUCACUGGCUUUCCUAAAGAUGAUGCGAAACUCGUUAACAAAUGGUGGCGCUUCACAGGCAUUGGUGGAGACAGAAUUGUUACAAAGUGCAUAGCAAACAAUCUUGGUGGCACACAGUAUAUGAUUUAUGUACCAUUUACACAUCCAACUACUGAGUCUGUGACUCCUACAACAGGGACUGUAUAUGCUUAUGUUUCUCACUGUAAUGGUGCAAGUACUUCAAUGAGUGUGGCUCUGUGUCCUGGAGGAUUCUACGUUUAUAAACCAUCAGGACACCCAUAUAGUUCUUCGGGUUACUUGACCUAUCAUUAUGAAUGUAACCCAAACUCCUGUGGACCACUUGCUGAGUGCUCAAGUGAGGGAGGCUGCACCUGUGUUUCUGGGUAUGAAAUCCCCCCACCACACCUACCAACUCCAGAUUCAUAUGGUUGCGUUGACAUUGAUGAGUGCCAGAGGACAGCAGGAAUUUGUGGUCCUGACAGCAUUUGUAACAACACCGCUGGAUCACACUUUUGUACCUGUCUCAGUGGAUUCAAUGCAACAGAUCCAGCAUUAGCACCUGGAAGCUCCAACAAAUGCAUAGAUAUUGAUGAGUGUGUUGACAAUGUCUGUGGGGAUGAUGGAACUUGUCACAACAACCCAGGAAGUUAUGUGUGUGAAUGCCAUGAUGGCUACGAACUUGAACCUAAAGCAUCUCCUGUUUGCCAAGAUAUCGAUGAGUGUUUCAACUCAACUGUCUGUGGUCCUGAUUCUGUUUGCACCAACACGCCUGGAGCUCAUACCUGUGAAUGCCAACUGGGGUUCAAAGCAACUGAACCAGCUGAAGAACCCAGUAAUAUCAACAUCUGUAUUGAUAUUGAUGAAUGUGCCAAAGAUCCUAUCGUUUGUGGGCCAAAUUCCAACUGCACAAAUUCAAUCGGUUCUUAUAUCUGCACUUGCCUCCUGGGUUAUCGGCUGAACAAGCCAGACGUGAUGGCCAGCAAUGCUAACCCAUGCACAGAUAUCGAUGAGUGCAGUGAGACACCUGGUAUAUGUGGUAAGCAAACUGAGUGCACUAAUGAACCAGGGACCUUCUAUUGUUCUUGUCCUGAUGGAUUCUACCCUUCAACUGGACUCUUGUGGGAAAUGGGAGUUUCAUUUUGUCAAAGUCUUCCAGAUAUUCUCGAUGCAAUUGAACCUCCGGAGGGCCAGACAAAAGAAAGAGCUUUCCUUGGCAAUAUGCAUAGCCAACUUGACAAUAACACAGGUGUCUCUAUACCAGAUAAGACAGUGGCGAAUGGCCUGUCCGCAUGCAUGGAAGUAUCAGGUGUUGGACCACGUGCCAGGUCAAGCAGGGUGAGUAGUGAAGGAGAUGGGGAGACCGGCGGUGUAAUCCUGGACAUCUCGGACCGUUUAGUUGCUGCAAUGGUGCCACGAACUGAGAAUGAAACCAGAAAAUCAAUGCAGACUCCAGCUGUGGAUUUAAGCCUACAAGUCAUUGGUCCAUGGAGUCAUGAUGAUGACAGUGCCCCCCUUUCUGCCAAAGGACAGACCAUGGAGAUUAACUUGCAGGCUCUUGCCAAAGACAACAAUGUUUCCGCAGCAGCUGCCUUUAUGGUACUGAAUGGAAUGGAUAGUCUUCUCAGUCCUGCAUACUUUAAAACAGAGAACAAGACAGAGAUGUACUCAGAUGUUUUUACUGCGAUCUUACCAUCCAUAAAUGCCACCAACCUCACUGAGCCCGUCAACUUUACCAUCAACCAUAAGAAGAAAGUACCCGAAUCUGGAAUAGUGACUUGUGUGUACUGGGAAGACAAAAGCAAGAAUGAAGAAGAGGAACAAGAGGAUGAUAGAGAAAAAGAGGAGGAGGCAAUGCAUUGGUCGGUAGAGGGCUGUUGGGUUGCAUACUCCGAUGAAAACUACACAGUGUGCAGCUGCUCCCACCUUUCUACCUUUGCCCUCAUCAUGCAGAUUGGGGAGCCUCCACCAGAGGAUCCUUUCCUAGAGUGGCUAAACCGAAUGUGUGUGAUUGUCGGACUAUUCUUCUUUGCCUUGGCCAUCUUCACCUUCCUCCUGUGUAGCUGGAACCCCAAGAUCAACAACACAGCCCGUCUUCACCUCUGCCUCAGCCUCUUCUUCUCCCAUCUGCUGCUGCUGUGGAAUGACAAAUAUGUUGAACAAGAGCUGGCCUGUACUGUCAUGGCGGGGCUUCUUCACUUCUUAGUUAUAGCAGGUUUUGUGUGGAUGUUGCUGGAGGCGCUACAGCUCCACCUGUUGGUCCGGAGGCUCUCUAAGGUUCAGGUCAUCCAGAGAGAUGGCCUCCCCAGGCCUCUUCUCUACCUGAUUGGUUACGGUGCUCCAUUUGUGAUUGUGGGUAUUUCUGCCCUGGUAUAUUCUGAUGGAUAUGGUGCUACUGAGGCAGAGGUGUGCUGGCUCUCGAGGAAGCGCAAUUUCAACUGGGCUUUAACAGGCCCUGUGAUUGUUAUCCUUGCACUGAAUUGGCUAUUGUUCUGUGCUACUCUCUGGAGUCUCAGACCCACCCUGGCCAACAUGAAAAGUGAUGUUUCUCAAUCCAAAGACACCAGGUUAAUUGUGUUCAAGAUUGUGGCCCAGUUUGUCAUACUGGGCUGUACCUGGAUUCUGGGACUGUACCAGACAAACCUUUUCUUUCAGGUUCUAUUCAUUUUCCUCAACUCACAACAGGGCACCUUCCUCUUCAUCGUGCACUGCCUGCUCAAUAAGGAGGUGCGAGAGGAGUACAUAAGGUGGCUGACAUGCUCUUGUGGAAAGGACAGAUCUGUGAAUGCAGAUGCACCUUCGGUCUCUGAGGAUUUGGACAAGCCUGAGAGACAGACAGAUGAGGGGAAAAAAGGAUAAAUCCUGAUAAGGUAAAAAGGGAAA